GGAUGGCUCUGAGCUCUCGGGCACACGCAUUCUCAGUAGAAGCUUUAGUGGGGAGACCCAGGAAAAGAAAGCUUCAAGACCCAAGAGAGGAGGUGCAGCCUGAGCUGCAGGAGAAAGAGGGUGGAGAGGAAAAGGAGGAGAGAAGGAGCGGCGCUGCAGGGAAGAGCCAGCAGUCGGAAAAGCGACCCAAGACAGAGCCCUCAGCAACUGCUUUCUCUGGCUGUGGCGGCGACGGCGGCGGCGGCGGAAGCAGCCGCGGAAGUCGGGAAGAGAAAGAUGUUAUUCAAGUGGAACUUCAAGGAUCCGAGCUGUGGAAGAGAUUCCAUGACAUCGGGACUGAGAUGAUCAUUACCAAGGCGGGCGGAUGUUUCCCUCUGUUCGUGUCAAAGUGAAAGGGCUGGACCCAGGGAAGCAGUACUAUGUGGCCAUUGACGUGGUGCCAGUGGAUUCCAAACGCUAUAGGUACGUGUAUCACAGCUCGCAGUGGAUGGUAGCUGGGAAUACGGACCAUUCGUGUAUCACUCCCAGAUUCUAUGUCCACCCGGACUCGCCCUGCUCGGGAGAGACCUGGAUGCGGCAGAUCAUCAGCUUUGAUCGCGUGAAACUCACCAACAAUGAAAUGGACGACAAGGGCCAUAUCAUUCUGCAGUCCAUGCAUAAGUACAAGCCCCGCGUGCACGUGAUGGAGCAACACAGCAGGGUUGACCUGUCCCGGAUUCAGUCCCUGCCCACCGAAGGGGUUAAAACGUUCUCCUUUAAAGAAACUGAGUUCACCACAGUGACAGCUUACCAAAACCAGCAGAUUACCAAAUUAAAAAUUGACAGGAAUCCUUUUGCUAAAGGAUUUAGAGAUCCCGGAAGAAACAGGAGUGUAUUGGAUGGGCUUUUAGAGACCUACCCCUGGAGGCCUCUCACUCUGGAUUUUAAAACCUUUGGUGCAGACACACAAAGUGGCAGCAGUGGCUCCUCUCCAGUGACAUCUAGUGGAGGGGCUCCCUCUCCUUUGAACUCCUUACUUUCUCCACCUUGCUCUCCACCUGCAUUUUAUUUGCCUCCAAGCUCCCUUGGAAUGCCCUGCCUGGAGGCAUACCUUCACAAUAUCAGCCUGCCCUUUUGCUACAAGAUUUGUCCAGCUAAUUUUUGGCGACAGCAACCUCUUGUCUUACCUGCUCCUGAAAAGCUAGCAAGCAGCAACAGUUCUCAGUCUUUAGCCCCACUCAUGAUGGAGGUGCCCAUGUUACCUUCCCUGGGGGCCAGUUCAAAAAUUGGUUCAUCUGAAGGCUUCAAUGGGCAGUGUCUACAAGCACCUAAUUCUGCCAAUCAAAUGUUAUAUGGAUUACAGUCACCUGGAAACCUUUUUUCACCAAAUCCCAUUGACCGGGAAGCCCUUGGUUGCUCUUUCCAUCCUUCCUAUGGCUUUUACAGGUACAACUUCUCUAUGCCAUCUAGACUGGUAAAUGCUGCUAACAAUCUCAAAGUGAAUGAAAACAGUCAAAUAUCUUUUAGAGAAGGCACAUGUAAUCAUGCUCAUUGGUAUCCAGCAAUUAACCAUUGCCUUUAAUGGAACAAUCACAUUGCUAAAACAAUUAUAUGUAAGCACAUAUUUUCUUUAUUUGUAACCAAAGGAAGGUCAACUGCUUUUGGUCUUAAAGAGCUUCAUUACCAGACAGUAUUGCUCUGCUAUGCAUUUAAAGUGCCUUAUCAAAUGUUCAUGAGAAGUUGUUUAUAAUGUCAAAUGUGACUUAUAAGAAUCUCUGGUUAAAGUGGCAUUGGGCCUCAAAAUAAGAUACUCAAAUAUUUGAUGAGAUAGCCCACGAAUGCAAAUUGAUAUGAGGUGAUAGAGUUUCCAAUGAUAGUAAAACCAGUUUACCAUGCCAAGUGCCUUUUACAAAUUGACAGCGACUAAAAGAAAAUGGAUGCAAUUCUGGUGAAAGCGGUGAAACAAUUUCAGUUUUAUCUAUGAAGAUUGGCUUCAUUGUAAUUACCUAUUUGGUAAUUGUAGAAGACAAUUUAAUCAUUUGUUUGCCUUAUACAUUUAUACUCUGCUGCUGAAGGAACUUCUAAUCUCAAUUUUAAGGUUCAAAUAAGGUUACAAAUUUUUAAAUAUUGUUUUUAUUAAUCUUCAUAGCCUAAGGACCAUUUAAUCCUUAAGGAACACAAAGAUCAAAUGAAAAGUAAAACAUUCUAAAUAAUUUUUUAUCUAUUAUUUU